AUGACUCCCUUGGGCGCCGCUUUGUCCGUGGUGGCAAGCUGCUGGCGGUUCUUGCGAGCAUCCAACCCCGAUCAGCAAGGGGACUUGCUUACGAUGGACUUCAUGUCCUUCUCUCUUGCUUUCGGCUGGCGACGGGAGAACGGGCUUAUCGAAGGAGGCUUGGACGACGAGCUCAUGGUGUCUAGGCGCCUUGCUGACGGCAAGUGGCUUCCUUGGUCAGCCGUCGGCAGUGGUUGGCGCCGUGUGGGUAGGGUCAGCCCGUUGCUUGUCGGUACGAGUGUCGAGUUCGCGGUCCUUGGGCCGGGCUCGCCUUGGCGUGAAGCUCGCUUUGGGGAGGAGCACCUCUGGGACCACAAGCCUUUGCUCUUGAACGGCGCCGUGCUUCCGUACCGUGAGCGCACGUCCUGCCUGACUGGUCUGCUGACGUGGCUAAGGCUUGGGAAAAGCUGCCGGCUCUGA